AUGGGAUUUUUGCGGGGUCUGCUGGAGCCGUACAUCCACAAUAAUACAUGUAGUAAGGAGGGUCAAGGCUUUCCAUUUUCGGUCGCCAUUGUGGAACGAGGUCCCAAGGAUUAUUAUUCCAACAGCCAACAACGAGACCUGAGCCGAUGGUUCGAAGCGGCUCAUCAGGAUUGUUCUUCGAGCGUUUCCAUUUUGUCCGCCAUGGUGUCGGGUCGUCAAAUGAGUAUUCCAGUGGGUCGAGGAGUUGGCGGUGGCUCCAAUAUCAAUGCCGGCCUUUGCAUGGCUCCUCCCCUCUCCGAUUGGAAGGAUUGGCCAGAACCCUGGCGUACGGAUUUGCCAGUAUCCGUUCGAAAGUUGCAGCAGCAUUUGGCCAAAAAUGGCUGUUUGUGUGAUGCCGCCACAGGACGUCCAAUCUCCGUACAAGAUCUUUCCUCACCAGGGACACCAACAACACCGUGCUUAGCAAGGCAGACUAUUGGGAACAAUGACAAUUCACGGAUGAUAAACUCAGUGGAACGAGUGAACUAUUAUCAGGGACUUUUGGAACCCCUAUUAUUAUUAUUGCAGGGAAAUGCCAAACAAUCCACUCCGUUUCACUGGUAUUACAACACGGAAGCACAGCGGUUGCUGUUUGAUGCCGAAACGACCUGCAAUAGAGUAUCCGGUAUCGAAGUCAUGAAAGUACCCGAUGGAAGCUAUACCAGGCUUUCGGCAAGAAAGGAAGUCAUUCUGUGCGCCGGAGCCAUUGAAACUCCCGCUUUGCUGCUGGUUUCUGGAAUUGGAACGGGGUCCAUCAGUAAUAAGAGCAGCCAUCAUCUGCGAGAUCAUGUCAUUCUCCCUCGGGUGAUGCUAGGGCCUCCGCCAUUUUGGAAUUCCACCAUUAAUGGGAUUCACAGUAUCCAAUCGACUAUUGUGGAGACAAACAAGUUUCUCAUCUUGACAUCCACCACAAAACCGGAGAUUGCACUGCACUACAUGACAAGAGUCUUUCAAAAGUACUGGUUCUCCAUGCUGGCUUCUGGUGAGCUCAGCCAGCGUCUGUGGCAUAUUCUGGAACAGCUUCUACGUCUGCUGGUGCUCUAUUCCCCAGUCUAUUGGAUCAUGAUGUAUGGAUUCACAACCAUCAAUUUGGCAUUGGUCAAUCCAGCAUCCAAGGGGAGUCUUUGCUUGAAACCAAAAACAGGGGAACUGCUCCUGUACAACGUCCCUCCGUGUCGAAAGGACUUUGAUGUGCACAUUGAACCAGGUUACCUCACACAAUCCACAGACGUUGAGGCCUUGUGGAAGGGGUGGGUAGCAUCCAACUUUGUGUUGGAUCGGCACCAGGGAUGGGAAGUGUAUCCUGGCCGGAUCUUUCGGUUCCUUCAGAGUUGGUUGGGGACGACAGAGAUACCUACUAGGAGCCAAACAACAGUACCCACGUGGUUUUCACAGUAUGCACAUGAUCAUUGCCUUCCUUUCUUCCACUGGUGCGGCUCUUGUGCCAUGAAGCCGCCGUCUGAUGCUGCUGAUACUACCGGUAGCAGAGGUAACAAUACGUGGGUGGUGGAUGCGGACAUGAAAGUCCGAGGAGUACAAUCCCUGCGAAUUUGCGACGCUUCUGUACUACCAAACAAUCUAUCCGUCCCUCCUGCAUUGACCUGUGCCGCUAUGGGACACAGGCUGGCAUCCACAAUGCACGGACGAACACAAUGA